UAUAGGCCUAGGUUUCAACAAUUCUUCACCUGAAAGAACUGAAGACCUGAUAUUUUACAAUUUAGUUUCAAAGUAUUACACUGAAAUGUGAUAGCAACUUUGAAAUUGAUUGAUUUUAAAAUUUACUUGCAAAGUAUUGCACUGAAAUAUGAUAGCAACUUUGAAAUUGAUUGAUUUUAAAAUUUACAUGCAAAGUAUUACACUGAAAUACGGUAGCAACUUUGAAAUUGAUUGGAAUGAAAAAAGCAUCCUAUUUUUGAGAAAUCGGGGUAUCUUGAAUUAUGUUUAAUUCUAUUGAGCUGGAAGUUCUGUGUACAGAUGUAUGUCAUCAUUAUUAUCAAUACACCAAUAUCUGAAUAUGUUCAGAUGUUACAUCAUGAAUUGAAAACAUCGAUAGACUAUUUGUUCUGUUGUUAAAGGUCACUAUUUCAGUAGCCUAUUUGGAGUAUUGAAAUACAGAAAUAGUCUACUCAGCUACCAACUUUAAAUUCAUAUGGCAGUGUCACAUGAAAUGAAUUCUACCUUAUCUAGACCAGGGGUGUGCAACAUUUUUUUGUCGGUGGGCCGUAUAUCCAACUUCAAACAUCUUGCUGGUCUACAUACCGCUGUAUAGUGAUGAAGACACUGCGUAAAAUAGCGAAAAGAAAACCAUUGUGUAUUUUUACCCAUGUUUUCAAACAUAAACUGUCGAUUAGGACUGGGGAAAAAUGUGAAUGUUGACAAGUGCCGCCUGUUGCAGACCCCUGAUGGGGGCCACAAAAUUAUUUUUGCAUUAUUCACGCGCCACAAUAUUGCCUAGAAUAGAUGAACAGCGUGAUAUGAAACAAACACUUUUAUUGUGCAAACACAUUCGAUCAUUAUUUUUCAUCGAUCAAUCUUCCUAUAUGAACAUUUAGUAUUAGAUUUUAUUUUCUUCAUAAUGGAGAAAGACUUUUUGCAAAUAUAAGUGCUUUCGAACACAGAUAAGAUGCUGAAGGCAAAAUCCCCUUGGAAAAUAGUCAUUGCUCACAAGAUUUCAAAAUGCCAUUUUAGAUCAUAUCCUUUAUAUUCAAGCAUUGUGGUAUUUUCCCUCACUUAUCUGGUUAAAAAUCUGUUUGAAUUGGUCAGCUUUAUUUUAAAACUCCUGUUGACAAAUAACUUAAUUCAAAAUGAUCACGGCCGAUUGCUGGAUUGAUUCCUAAAUUUGCCAAUUGUGAGGUACAGGAGGUAAUUACUGAAUUUGUUGAUGAAACAGCACCAAGAAUAUUUUCUAAUAACAAUAGAAUUCAAACCACAUUACUCGAAAUGAAAAUUCCCAAAGUUGGUACUGCUUUCUAGUUUACAUUUUUAAUGCAUGUCAUAUGAUGUUUAUAUUUUACAGUUAACAACAUCUGAUUUAGCAUAUUUGUCCUUAUUAAGUUUUCCGCAGUUUGUCGGAGAUGCCAGAGUAUUUUCAACGACCUGAAAAUGCUCUUAAGAGAGCGCAAGAAUUUCUUGAGGUUGGAAAGCUAAAACCAGCCUUAGAUGUUCUCAGUGAUGUGCUGCGAAGCAAGAAGCAUCGAACCUGGCAGAAGAUUCAUGAGCAAAUCAUAAGACAAUAUCUAAACCUUUGUGUGGACCUCCGUAAGAGCCAGGCGGCCAAAGAAGGAUUGUAUCAGUAUAAAAUAAUUUGCCAGCAAGUCAACAUCAACUCUCUUGAAAAUGCCGUGAAGAAUUAUCUCAAGUUAGCUGAAGAGAAGACUGAAGAGGCAAAGGAUAAAUCAACUGAGACCGCUUUGCAAAUGGUUGAAGAUCUUGAUAUGAUUGAUUCGCCAGAAGGUGUUUUGCUUAGUGCUGUUACUGGUGAGAAAACCCAUGAUCGAACCAACCGUCUCAUGUUGACACCUUGGGUCAAGUUUUUGUGGGAAAGCUAUCGCCAAUGCUUGGAUCUGCUGAGAAAUAAUAACAGAGUCGAGAAAUUGUAUCAAGAUAUUGCUUUAAAUGCAUUUGAAUUCUGUUUGAAGUAUGAUCGUCGUACAGAAUUUCGAAAGCUUUGCGACAAUCUUAGAAACCAUGUGAAAUUGAGUGAGCAGCGUCACCAAACAGCAGUAUCUAUCAAUCUCACCAAUGUGGAAAGCCAGUUGUUGCACCUUGGCACAAGGAUUGCACAGCUUGAUAGUGCUAUUAAGAUCGAGCUAUGGCAAGAAGCAUUCAAGGCUGUGGAGGAUAUCCAUUAUCUGAUGUCACUUUCGAAAAAACCACCAAAGCCCCAAGUUUUGGUGAAUUUUCAUUCAAAGUUGUCUCUGGUCUUUUGGAAAGCUGGCAACAUGCUUUUCCAUGCAAGUUCAAGGCACCAUUUGUUUCGACUCACCAAAGAGAUGAAAAAGAACCCAACUAAGGAUGAUUUGUCUAGAAUGGCUUCUCUCAUGCUUGUUUCCACAUUAGCUAUCCCAAUCACUGAGCAGAAACAUGGAAUUGGUAAAAUGCUUGAUAUGGAAAGUGCUUUGAUUGACAAGCACUUAAAGUUGGCAAAGCUUCUUGGGCUCAGCAGACCACCAACUCGUUCAAGCUUGAUUGAGGAUCUCAAGAAACACAACAUAUUGCAAUACACACCUAAACAGCUGAGAGAUCUCUUCCAAUGGCUUGAGGUUGAUUUCCAUCCACUUCGUCUCAGUGCCCGUGUUGGACAGUCAUUGCAAUGGAUACGUGAGCAAACAAGAGAACCAGAGCUUGCACAAUAUAUCACUGCUUUGGAGGGAAAUGUUGUCUCUCGUGUUCUGCAACAAGUUGCCAAUGUCUAUCAAACCAUUGAGCUAUCUCAUCUUUUGAGUCUUCUUCCGUUUUGUUCUGCUUUUCAGUUGGAGCGUGCUAUUAUUGAUGCAUCUCGCAAUGGUCAGAUUCAAGUUCGCAUUGAUCAUAGUAAGGGUGCAAUCAGGUUUGGCACUGACUUGAAUGCUUCUCCACUUUAUGUAGAGGAUGAAUUCUUUGAACCGCAACGCCUGCAACCUCUGCCAAGCGAAAAGAUUUCUCAACAAUUCAACGAAAUGGCUCAAUCACUUCAUGUUGCUUACAGGAAACUUCAACCACAGGCAGAAGUGGAUAAGAUGCUCCAGAGGAAAAAUGAAAUUCUGAACCUCUACACAAAAACUUGGAGGAAAGAUCAGCAAAAUAUAUUGCAGAGACGACAAGUUAUUGAAAUGCGCAAAGAACAGCUUGAAGAAUUCAGUAGAGAACGGGAGAAGCAAGAGCAAAAGGCUGCCAAAGAGCAAGAAGAAGCUGUUAAAGCAGCUGAACAAGAACGACUCACGAAGGAAAUGAGAGAACGGGAAGAAAUGCGCCGCCGCGAGGAAAAGGAAGAUGAAGAACGUCGGGUGGCACAGGAUCGCCUUGAAAUGAUUCGAAAGAGUGAACUUGGAGCAAAAAUGCUUAAGGACAUUGAUGUGGACACUUUCACAAAAAUUGAUCCAGAUGAAUUAAUGAAAAGACAAAUGGAAACCAUGGAAAGAGAAAAGAAGGAUAUGCAAGAUAGACUGAAAGCUCAAGAGAAGAAAGUGGAUUACUUUGAGAGAGCCAAACGUCUUGAAGAGAUCCCGCUGAUGAAAGAAAAAUAUGAAAAGAAACGUGAGACUGAUGCCAUACUAUGGGAGGAACUAGAAGCAGAGCGCAUUGAAAGAACCAAGGUUGAACAGAUCAUCACAAAUCAAACCAAAGAGAGAUUGUCAAGGAUGAAAGAGGAUCGAAAUAUAUAUUUACAGAGUCUGAGAGAAUCAAGAAGAGCAAUCUUUGAUAAAAAGCAUUCAGAAUUCGAAAAAAUGCUUUUCGAAGUUCGCGAAGAACGACUCGCUGAAAGAAAACAAGAGAGAAAAGAGCAACGUCGUCAAAAGUGGCUCAAAGACAAGGCAGAAUAUGAACAAAGAAUACUUGAUGAGCAGUUGAAGAGAGAGCGCGAAGAAAAAGAGCGUGCUGAACGUGAAAAACAAGAAGAAGAGACACGUGCAUAUGAAGAGAAGAUGCAAGCACUUAAGAUCGCUGAGGAGAAGCGACUGCAAAGAGAACGUGAGAUUGAAGCUAAGAUUGCUGCCCAACAGAAUCCGAAUGCCUAUAGACCAAGAGGUGAAAGAGAUGGCCCACCAGCACGCAGAGAUGAUGAUAGAGGUGCCUGGAGAGGACCUGGCGGUGGGGGUUCACGUUUUAAAGAUGAUGCACCAGAUGAUAACCCCUGGAGAAGAGAUGGACCACCUGCCGAAAAACAAGCGUGGCGCCCUAGUCGACGAGAUGGGCCGCCUCGUGAUUUCGACUUUCCUUCAAGGAUUCGAACGGAUGGUCCAAGAGAUAGAGGUUGGGAAGAUAGAGGUCCACCAAAAAGAAGAGAUGAUGACCAACCCUCAGAUUGGAGAAGACGUCGAUCACCUUCACCAAGACGACCACGCUCGCCCGACAGAUAUCAGCAAAGACGUAUGUCCCCACCAGGUGGAAGAAGUCCUCCACCUAGAAGAGGUUCACCAAUGGGUCGGCAAAGCUCUCCACCAGGCCGUGGAAGUCCUCUUGGAAGGCGACGCUCUCCCAUGGGUGAAAGGAGUCCACCAAGGAAUGCUUGGAGAAGGGACAGGUCUCCACCACCACUUACCAAACGAGGACCACCCGAAGAUGGGCCUUGGAAGCGUGGGGGACCCCCUCCGAGAGAUGAUGAAUGGCGUCGUGACAGGGGCCCGCCAAGAGGAGAUGGUGAUUACCCAAGUCGAGAUCGAAACAAUGAUACCCGUGGCCCACUAGAUGAUCGCAAAUGGGGCCCACCAAGAAGAGAUGAUCGUGAUCGCUCUCCUCCACCAAGACAGGAUCGCUUCCCACCAAAGAGAGAAGAUGAUGGUUGGACUACUGUUCGCAAUUAACAUAGCAAUCAUGACGCACCACUGCUUGUUUUUUCAGUUUGUUCCAGUUGUAUGUAGUAUAAAUGUUUUUUCCGCAUAUUUGACCAGCCUUCCUAGGAACUGUGUAACAAUGCAGAAUCUUUCAACAAAUAGUGGACAAAUCUAAAUAAAAUUGAUGAUAUUUUAUUUUAUGGACAUGCUAGCGGAUAUUGCAUUUAUACUAUGUAGUGAGUGAUGUAAAAAUUAUUGGUGUUUAACAUUUGCUUUCUUGUUUGUUUGUAAUCAUGGAAGUUAUUGGUUGUUUCUUUUGUGUCUUUAAGAAAAAUGGAAAAGGAAGUGGAUAUCUAACAGAAA